AAAUAAUACCGGAUAAUCAAGCUUCUAAUGGUUUUAAAUGUAUCUAUAAAAAAUUUCAAAAUCAUCCAAAACCAAGUCAGCGAAAGCUUUGUGGAGAAGAGUUACUAAAAAAAAUUUUAACAGUAAAAGGAUAUAUUUGGUGA